AAGCACAUAAACACAGCCAGCUAUUACCGUGCCUGCUCUGUGACUUGCUACUAGUCGCCGUCGUAUGCUCGCCUGCUGUCCUCGUUCGGUUCGCCGGCCUUUACGGAGGCCGCUCGCCAAUCGCGUGCUCACAUCAGUGGCUGCAUUUUCCCGUCUCGCCUCGUGUUCGCUGCUCCCUCAUUGCCGCUCUGCUCCACCCAAGUCCAUCCUCGCCGUUCAUCGUAGAGAACUCGGAUCUCCGGAUUCUUCUAAUUGUUUUUCGACCUUAAGCCAAUUGCUAGCCAUGAAUCGAUCGAUUCCCUCCGCUUCUCAACCACUGAUGAGUGUUCCCACCCCUGGUAGGUGUCUAUACAAGAUUAAUGGGAAUAUCUUCAGCGUUAAUCUCACGCCUCCGUGCAUACACGUCAGCUCGCGUGUCUCCGCCAGUCAGAAGGCGACACGUGGCAUCAGAAGCUUCGCUGCCGCUAGGUUGAAAGGUGUGCUAGAAGCUGAGUCGCACGACAGCAAUCAUGGCACAGGGGAAUCAGCCGGGGGCGUUCUAAUAUCGGAAGAAUCUUCAGACACGGUGCCUCUGCCUCAGAGUGUGGCGAUAGCGGGGGAAUCUGUAGACGUUGUGGUGCCUAGGAGCCAGGCCAAAUCCCGUCUCGAUGCGUUUCUGGCGGCACAGGGGGAGAGGAUCAGCCGUGCCAGGUGGCAGGACGCCAUUCGCGAAGGGACAGUGCUGGUGAAUGGCAGAGCCCAGAAGAAGCCAUCGUACGCAGUGAGGGAGGGCGACAGGGUGCAGGGCAGUCUCGCCCCGCCCAAGGCCCUGCAGGCGCUGGAGCCGUCCGCUGUUGCGCUGGACGUGGUGUACGAGGACGGGCACGUGGUGGUGGUCAAUAAGGCAGCUCACAUGGUGGUUCAUCCCGCCGCUGGCAACUGGCAAGGCACUCUCGUGAACGCCCUGCUGCACCACUACCAACUCCCUUCCUCCUCCUCCUCGCUUCCCUCCUCCUCCGACUUACUCUUGGAGGAGAGGGGAGAGGAGUCGUCUCAAGGCUAUGUGCGCAUGGGCAUGACAGGGGGAGCGGAUGUGCGGCCAGGAAUCGUGCACAGAUUGGACAAGGGAACCAGCGGGCUGCUUGUCGUGGCAAAGGACUCCUUCAGCCAGGCGCACUUGAGUGCGCAGUUCAAGGCACGCACUGUUCACAGAAGCUACCUCUCUCUUGUCAUUGGCACGCCCGCACCGCACUCCGAUCGUGUGGACGCUCCCAUUGGCCGAGACCCCAAGGACCGAAAGCGCAUGGCUGUGCUGCCGAUGACUGGCUCCCACAGGAGCAGAAGAGCCGCCAGCAGGUACCGAGUGGUGGAGUCCCUUGCUGGAGGAGCAGCUGCUCUUGUGGAAUGGAGGCUGGAGACGGGCAGAACUCACCAGAUUAGAGUGCAUGCACGGUUUCUAGGCCAUCCAUUGAUCGGUGAUGAAACGUAUGGUGGAUCCAUACGCCACGUGUCAUCUCGCCUCCUGGCUUCCUUGCCCUCCUCAUCGCCUCUCCGCUCCUCUGUGGCUCAGUGGAUUGCUGGGCUGGAUCGGCCGCUGCUCCAUGCAGCCACACUCGGGUUUGUACACCCGGAAACACUCGAAUUUGUAACGUUUGAAGUACCACCUCCGUCCGAUUUCAUCAUGGCAUUGGGAUUGCUAAGAUCAUUGUGAUGUUUUGUUAACACUUUGACAUUCGGCUGAUCGUUUUAUGUC